AUGGAUCAAAUAGUAGAUUGGUCUCAACUCCCUACGGAGCUAUGGCCCAAGAUAGGAAAAUAUCUUGAUAAUCACAUAGAUGUCCUCAGAUUUCGUAGUGUUUGUGAAUCAUUUCGUUCUUCUCUUCCAAAUUCUCUUCCAAAUUCUCCUUCUUUUCCUUUACAAAUACCUCACCCCAUCCAUAUCUCCCUAAACACUAACCUCAGCCAAUCAACCAUUUAUCUUAUUGAACCAUCUGAUGCAACUUCCGACUCCAACUUAGCAUCUUUACCACCGUCUUCUUCUUCUUCCAAAGGUUGGUUGAUUAAGUGA